AUGGCUUCACACGGUUACUACGGCGGCGACCAACAAGCCCCCUACGGCGCCGGUCAACACUCCUCGCCUUACUACCAAAACCACGAUACUCCAUCGCCGCAAUCAACACCAGCACCACCCUACGAGCAAAACUCGUACAACCCGAACUACGCCCCCGACACCUCCAUCUACCCUGCCGACUCUACAACACACAUCGUUCCGACCAAGCAGACACCGUACUCGCCAAAUGACAUACAAUAUAACCCAUCAAACGCUUAUGGUAGUUCCUCUGGUCAGCACAACCAGCCUGGUCAAACUGGUCAGUCUCCUUUCGACACCGUCUUUGACGAUCAUGUAUACCCAGCGAACCCGAACGCGGGCCCGACUCCCGGCUCCAGUACGGCUGACAUUGGUCAACAAGGCUUCUAUCAAGAUACAAGCUAUCAUGGAGGAGCUUCAGGUGCAGCUGGACAGCCUUAUGGCCAAGAGGAUAUUCCUCUUCAAGACCGGACCCCAAAGAAUGAUGAUGUUGAGAUGAACGAUCACGUUUACGAUGCCCCUGGACGACCUAAGAAGAAAGGCAAGAAGGGCAAGGUUCGUCUCGGUGAACUUGGCAUGAUAGGGUCUGAUAAAAAGAGAAUCCCUUGGGUUGUCUACAUCUUUUCUGCUAUUCAAAUUGCCGUUUUCAUCGCUGAAGUGGCCCGGAUGGGUGUACUUACUGGAACUCCUAUUGCGAUCAAGCCACAAUUCAACGUCUUUAUCGGUCCAUCACCCGGGUUACUCAUCAAUAUGGGUGCACGAUACGCACCUUGCAUGCGCAAUGUCAAGGGUAUCCAAAGUGUCGACGCAAGUAAAGAUGGUGCUGUCAUUCCCGGUCUUCUCUGCCCGAACGCUACUACGUCGACCAGCUUUUGCCCUCUUCACGUCGUAUGUGGUUUCGGCGGCGACGUCCCGGAUCCCAAGUUCAAUGGCGAUAUCAAUCAGAGUCCCGAGCCCAACCAGUGGUACCGAUUUAUUCUUUCGAUCUUCAUGCACGCUGGCCUCAUCCAUAUCAUUUUCAACCUUCUUUUACAGCUCACGAUCGCGAAAGAGAUGGAGAUGGCCAUUGGAUCGAUCCGAUUCCUGCUAGUCUAUAUGAGUGCUGGAAUUUUCGGUAACAUCAUGGGCGGAAACUACGCGCCACCUGGGCAGCCAUCUGUUGGUGCUUCUGGCGCUCUCUUUGGUAUCAUUGCUCUGGUUCUCCUCGAUCUUCUAUACUCUUGGAAGGACAGACGCAACCCAGUCAAGGACCUGCUCUUCAUCAUUCUCGAUAUGGUGAUUGCGUUUGUACUUGGACUUUUGCCUGGAUUGGAUAACUUUGUACACAUCGGUGGUUUCUUGAUGGGUCUCUCCCUUGGUGUCUGUGUUCUGCACUCCCCUAACUCGCUGAGACGACGGAUGGGUGAGGGGCUCUCAUAUGCAGCCGUAUCCCCCCAGACGGGUGAGACCCCCCCUCACUUUUUCAAGAACCCUGUCGGAUUCUUUAAAGGACGAAAGCCACUCUGGUGGGCUUGGUGGCUCGUUCGAGCGGCCUUCCUUGUCAUGAUCAUUGUUGUUUUCAUCGUUCUCCUGAACAACUUUUACAAGUACCACGAUACCUGUGAAUGGUGCAAGUACUUGAACUGCCUUCCCAUCAAUGAUUGGUGUGAAUGGGGAUCAUUUGAGAACCUCAAACCCGCUGAGUAA